CUACUCUUCUCCGUCCCGCUGCCGUCCUCGCCCCGCAACGCAACUACGCGAGCGCGAGCGCCGGCCCGGGCGCCAACACGUACUCCCUUCACAAGCCACACCAAUAUACCAAGCCGCCCUCGAUUAUACUAGCGCCACCGCCCCAAUCCGCUUCGCGAAGCGAACAUAUCCCUCCCCGGCCUCGGCUCCCUCGCCUCCUCCUCCAUUCUCCUCCUUCCCUCCCUCUCUCCUCUUUCAUCCCUUCCUUGCAGUCCCCUUCUCCUCUCCUCCCGCCCCGACACCUUGUUUUUUUAUCCAUCGGUGUCGACGAGGGGAGCGACGAAGCGGAGGACGUCCCAGAUCUAGGGUUCCCCCGCUGCGUGUCCUUCGAGGAGAUAGAGAGGGUCUGCAUCAUGAGGGCCACCGGGGAGCACACAGCUGCGGUGCCCAUCCUCGUCCCGCCGCCGCCUGCUGCUGCUGCUGCUGCUGCGGCCUCUGCGACCGAGGAAGCCGAGAAGAAGAAGAACCGCCGCCGCCCCUCGCGGCGCUCCAAGCAGGCGGCCGUCGCCGCGCCGCAGGGCCCGCACGCGGACGCGGCGGGGCCGAGGUCGGUCAGAUCGAUGCCGCCCAUGCACGUUGGCAGCGGCGGCGCCGGUGUCGACGCCGAGGCAGAGGCGUCCGCGGCGGGAACGAGCCAGUCCUGCCCCCUGCUGCCCACGCCGAGUCCUACGGAGGCGCCUGCGUCGAGGGUGGACGGGGGAGCUCCGGCGAUGCGGUACUUCCAGCCUCACUGGCCUCAGCGGGCCGUGGAGGACGCCAUCAAGAGAGGGUAUGCGUUCGUGGGGAAGUUCAGGGUGAACGCUCACAACCGAAAUGAGGCGUACUGCACGAUUGAUGGCAUCCCCGUGGAUGUUCUCAUUACAGGAUUGGCACAAAACCGAGCGGUUGAAGGUGAUCAUGUUGCUAUCACACUGGACCCUGUUGCUCACUGGACCAGAAUGAAAGGUCCGAAUGUUGCAUGCAACCCUGCGAUAGGAGGAGAUUCUGUGGUCCGUGAGUUUAGUGAAACCAAUGGGAAUCAUAGUUGGAAGAAAGGACAUGCAGAUGUUGGCUGCAGGUUUGAAAAUUGCAGUAACGCUGUACCUGUUUUGGAUAGGAUGCAUCCCCCUCACAAGAACAGUGGUUUUAGUCAAGCUGUUAAUUGUGGAAAUGGGAAUGCUACUGUCCCUGAAAGGAAUGUGAAAGACUUGAAUGAUGGAAAGAGUGAGGCUGCGAGAGCAUUACAAAGGAUCUGUGCCAUGAUAUGCUCUCAUCCAAGCAGACGUCCUACUGGGAAAGUAUUAUCAGUCACUAAGAAGUCUCCGCGCCGUGAUGCCAUUGUAGGUUUCCUUGCUUCUUUCUCAGAGUUCCCUGAUGGAGAGCAGCAGAAAAAUCAGAUGGGUCUAAAGAGGAUGAACAACGUAGCAUCAUCAGUUACAGGCUUGUUUCAUCUCUUGCCUACUGACCCCAAAUUCCCUCCGAUGGUUGUGAGUUUUAGCACUUUGCCAGAUAGUGUCAUACAGAGCCUAAGGGGUGAUGCAGCUUUUGAGAAGGAAUUGGUUGCUGCACGAAUUGAUGAAUGGAAUGAGGAAAAUAUCUAUCCCUAUGCCCAUGUUAUACGGUUCUUGGGGAAGGGUGGUCAUGUUAAAACACACAUGGAUGCUAUAUUAUUUGAGAAUGCGAUAUCUGAUGCUGAGUUUUCCCCUGAGUCCUUGGCAUGUCUUCCUGACAAUUGUUGGAAGAUUCCUCAAAAAGAACUUGAAGCAAGAAAAGAUUUGAGGGAGGUCUUGUCUUUUACAAUAGACCCUCCAACUGCAUCGGAUCUUGAUGAUGCUAUAUCAAUUCAAAUACUUUCAGGAGGAACUGUCCGUGUUGGGGUUCACAUUGCAGAUGUUUCCUACUUUGUACAUCCAGAGACUGCGUUAGAUGCUGAAGCUCAAAGCCGAUCUACUAGUGUUUACACCCUGAAACGCAAAAUCUCGAUGUUGCCUUCAAGACUUUCAGAAGUGGUUUCGCUUAAUCCAGGUACAGACAGGCUUGCCUUUUCAAUUAUUUGGGAUAUUGAUCCUCAUGGUAACAUAAUUAGUCGCUGGAUUGGUCGAAGCGUCAUCUUUUCAUGCUGCAAGCUGUCAUAUGAACUUGUGCAGGAUUUGAUCUGUAAUGAAGCCAGUCAGGCUAGAUCUGCUAUUUCUUCUUUUGAAGUACAUGGUAAAUUUGAGAGAGAUGAUGUUAUCAAGUCACUUAGAGGCCUUUAUGAAGUCACGAAAAAUCUGAAGGAAGUUAGGUUCAAGGGUGGGGCUCUUUCUCUUGACACUGCAAAGCUUAUGAUCUUGUUUGAUGAGGAUGGGGCUCCAUGUGAUAGCUAUCGCUAUGUGAGGAACAAUGCAUGCUUCAUUGUUGAGGAGCUAAUGUUGUUGGCAAAUAUGUCAGCUGCAGAAAUCAUAUCUAAUGCAUUUCCUGAUUGUGCCUUACUUCGUAGGCACCCUGAACCUAAUUUGCGGAGGUUCAGAGAGUUCGAGGCAUUUUGUGCUAAGAAUGGUUUUGAAUUGGAUGCUUCAUCAUCUGGUCAACUACACCUUUCACUCUCUAGAAUAAAGGAAAAGUUGCAAGAGGAUCCUGUUAUGUUUGAUAUCCUCAUGUUUUAUGCUUCAAAGCAAAUGCAGUCAGCAGAAUACUUUUGCACAGGGGACCUGAUAAGCAAGAAAGAUGAUUGGGCACAUUAUGCGCUGUCUGUCCCUUUGUAUACACACUUCACUUCACCACUUCGAAGAUAUCCUGAUAUAAUUGUUCACAGGACUCUGAAUGCGGUGAUUGAGGCUGAACAAGUGUAUAUAAAGCAAAAGAAAUUUUCCACAGGCCGGAAUGGAGUCAAAGCCUCUUGUGAAUUGAUGGAUAGAUGUUUUACAGGCCUCCAGUUGUGCAAGGAUGCUACUGAAUCUGAAGAAGGAAAAAAAGUACUUUCUGCUGCAGCUAAGAAAUUUAAGGUUCCUUACUCUGAAAAUCUCGGGGAGAUCGCUGAACACUGUAAUGAAAGAAAGUGGGCUGGUCGCCGUGCAGAAGAUGCUGGACAGAAGCUCUACAUGUGGGCUCUGAUAAAGAACAAAGAGGUCGUGGUCUGCAAUGCUAGAGUUCUGGGGCUUGGACCCAGAUUCAUGUCAGUUUAUGUGCCCAAGCUUGCGAUGGAACGAAGGAUAUAUUAUGAUGAAGUUGAGGGCUUGUCAGUUGAAUGGUUAGAAGCCACUGGAACGUUAGUGCUUGAUGCAUGCUGGAACAAGCCUGCUCAAAGGAGGGGAACUUAUCAGAUGAAGUGCAGGCCAAUUGAGGAAGUUGCGAUGGUGGUGAACCCUUCAGAGUUGUCUGAAGAAGAUGAGGAAUCAGGGGCAGCAGAAGCUAGCGGCUGCACUGCCAAGUCUGUUUUGUUGAGUGGCGAUGCAGUGAAAACUCAGACCGCUCCAGCUGUUCUGCCCUUGGUGAUACAUUACCUGAGUGACAUCCCUGUGGUUCUUCAUGCAAUUGGUGGUGAGGAUUGUGCGGUGGACAUUGGAGUAAGACUGUACAUGGCGUCAUACUUCGAGUUAUAGGAAACCACCUGUCAUGAUAGGAAAUAGUCGGUCGAUUUUCAACAGUUUCUCAGUCGAAUGAAAGUAAUAAAAUGAUGGUAGGCAAAUUCCAACUUAGUGCUGUAGAUAUUUCAUUCAUGUUCCAGCGCAGAAAAAGAAAACCCCAACCCCUAUCCAUUCUUGAACGCCCUGUGACAUUUGAGGGUUUGCUCGAGAGUCAAGUGGCUUCCGUUUUUAUUCCCAGGCUGCUUGAUGAGGACUGAGGUACCAGAAUGGUGGAAGAGGGGAGUCUACAUUAGUGCCGCACUAUUUUAAUAGUCUCUUCAAUGAUUUUCUGCUAGCUUGUGAAACCACCUGAAGUAUUUUUUUUACUGGUGGGUUCGCUCAGAUGUUGAAGCUGGUGUUUUGUUACUUCGGAUAAUAAAAGUCUCUUUGGUAACUGUCUAUUGCUGUCGUUUGUGUAGUUGUGUUUUCUCGAGGUAUAUGGUGCAGUAUUGCAGUGCU